UAAAAUUAUGUUAAAAAUAGGUAUUCAAAUACCUAUAUUGAACAAUUUAUCAAAAAUAGGAAAACGUUCCCCGAAAAAACUGGAAAGUGGUGAAUACCUACUGACAGAGCAGGGCGCACAUAAUUUUCAGACAUUUCACCACGUUCGAUUUCAAAAACAUCACAAUACAUACAUGCACUCGUACGUAACCUGUACGUAAUAACACCAGAAGAAACCAAAAUAAGCACAUGCAGUGCAGUAGAAACCAUUACGGUCGUAGAUUAGGUUUUAUUGAUGUUUUAAGACAAUUAAAAAAAAUAUAUCUUGGAAAAGUGCUUCUUGCAGCUCCAAAGUUAGGACAAAAUGACCAACUACAGCGAGCUUAGUCGUUGCCGGUUGUGUUUUUCGGAUAACAACCUGACCGAUGCAAUCUUUCCGCCUACCGGAGAGCCCAACCAAGAGUUCAUGAACAUGAUCUACGCAUGUACGUCGAUCAAAAUCUGCUAUGAGAAAGAUUUUCCGUGUCCGGUGUGCAGCAGUUGUGUCCGCAUAGUCAACCAAUUCUAUGGCUACCGGAAGAAAUGUUUAGAUAACGAUCGACAGCUUCAGGCCAGCCGGGCGGUAAAGUUUGGAUUCGACGAUGAUGACAAUAGAAGCGCUGAAUAUGAUAACGGAGACACGGAUCCGUUGAGUAGUUCGUCUAAUAAUCGGUAUUAUGGAACCAUACAAAAAGAGAUACAAAAUUAUCUGAAAAGGGAAAUAAAGGAACUAGAACGCAAAGCUAUGGCACGCGUUCAAAAGGCUAUGAAGGAAAAUAACUCAGGCUCACAACAAACUGUUGCGCUAAAUGAUUCAAGAUCGACAGUUCCUACGGUGCUAAAUGAUUCAAGAACGUCGGUUGCUGAGCCAAUAGAAUACAUUGUUGUUGACAAUUGCCCUGAUAUCAAGAAUCAUGUUAUCCCCAAUCCAUCCGAUGAUACAACCGAUGGAAUCGACUGGAAAGAAAAGUAUUCAGUGCUGCAAAUGAACAAUGAGUUGUUGCAAAAAGCCUACCGGGAACAGAAAAUGAAACUGAAAUCAACAGAAGAAGUGCUGAAAAUCUGCAAAGCGACUCGCCCGGUGCCGAACAUAUCGGAAGCGACCAGCAGUAACUCGCGGAGCUCGGAGAACGGAGACGGCAGCCUUGGGUUCAAACUGCAUGCCGCUCUCCCUAACAUUACGGUCGAACUACUCGAAUGCAUCAACUACAAAUCGGGCGUGGGGGAACGAGGAGAUCGGACAUUCGUAGCCAAGCUUGCUGUCGCCGUUUUCGGAGAAGAAACUCUUGCCUAUUCCAGUGUAACCGGUAGAAAAUCCAACGCCCAUAGGAAUCUUCCACCGAAGGCAGCUUUGUGUCCCCAGAAGCUGGCGGCAAUUGGAUUGAAACUUUUCGAAAGGGUUCACCUGGAGCUGGGUAACAGCAACCAGGAGGAACUGCUGGCUCGCACCAACGAACGGCUCGUUCGGUUGAUCGUGUGCCAAAAGUCGACCAACCUGCGGAAAAGGGUUUUUCCCCGGAGCCACGAGUCAACCGUUACCCUUACAGGCCCAUACGAUGCCGCUCGAGAUAUAGCCGAUGCCGGCAACAAUGACAGUGACGAUCAGCACAAUGAGGACGACGAAGAGGAGGAUUAUUACGGGGAACCGGAGCUUACCACCUCGACAAUCAAACGAAGGCGUUAUGCUCAGGAUUCGGACGAUACCUGCUAAAAAUCGUAGGUGAAUGUCCUGAUAGAAUCGUCAGGGAUACAAUUUUGUUUGUAUUUAUAGCUUUAGCAGGUUAUACGUUUCUGUAAAAACCAUUUUGACUUUCCACCAGUUUUAUGAACAGUUUGCCGUAAGCAGAAAUCCAUAUUCGAUUGA